AUGUUCGUCCCCAGGGCUGUCUCCAAGAGCCUGGGGCUGCCUCGCAAGGACGCAUCUCUUCACUGGAUGUCAGCUACCAAGUUCCUGAGUCAGUGUGAAGCCAGUGCAGAUGACUACCUGGUUGUUGGGGUCCCAGUCAACGCUGGCAAAUAUACCUACCAGGCAGUGAAGUCAGAGCAAGGCAGGCCCACAGGACACACUGGGUUUGGAAGAGGAAAGGAAAGGCAGAGUUGCAUCACUUCAAGGGACAGAGGGACUUCUGCAGAGGCCAAGGAAGCCGCUUUGGCAGCCCAGGGGACCCUGUCGAGAGCAGAUGAGCUGGCGGGCGCGGUGGCGAUCCUGAAGAUGCCUCUGAGCUUCGCGAUGGGACUGCACCAUGCUCACCUGCAGCCUUCGCUCGCCUUCCUGUGGCUCUGUCUUUCUCCUUCCGUGCAGAGAAAGAGGCACAAAAGGCCAAAAUAUCUCCAGGCCUACGAGCCUGUAGGGCAGUUCCACCAAGCCGCCAGCGAAGGCUCAGUAGAGACAGUGAGGUGUCUGCUGAGGAGCGGACUAUUCAGCGUCAACGACACCGACGUACAGAACAGAACUGCUCUGCAUUACGCGUGUGCCUAUGGCCACAGGGAAGUGGUCCAUCUGUUACUCGACUACGAAUGCACCAUCAGUGUCUUCGAUAACGAGCAGUGCACUCCACUUAUCAAGGCCAGCCAGCGGGAGUUUCAUUUGUGUGUCGAUACCCUGCUUACACAUGGAGCUGAUCCGAACGACGCAGACAUGUACGGGAACACCGCGCUGCAUUACGCAGCUCUGAAUGAUGACUUAGAACUGGCAGAUCUACUGCUUGCCUACGAUGCAAAUAUCGAGGCAAAAACAAAGGAAGGCUUCACGCCAUACCUCCUUGCUCUACAGGAAAACAAAGAUUUUAUAGCAGAAUUUUUGGAACACAUGGGCGCAGAUAUACAUGCGGAGGAGCUGCUGGAUAGGAAACACCGUAAAAUGCACCGCAGGAGGAUGUGUAAGCAUACAGUGCGACGUCGAGAAGCAGCUCGCAGUACUUCUCCGAGCUUCUAUCGCAGGGCGACCAACAGAGGUGCUCGUGAUUCUGAAACUGAAAGAGACGAGCAAGACAAUGACUUCAAUGCCCAGGUUGAACGAGUGAGGAAGAAAUGCUUACUUAAGGAACUGACAGGCUCAGAGAAGUUACAUCGUAGAGCCUCAGCUACUGUUUCUGCUGCUGCCGACCCUGCUGCCCCUGGUUCUGGUAGCGCAGCUCCUGCCUCCUCUGCCGCUGCUGCUGAUGGCACUGAUCCUCCUGUUCCUGCUACUCCUGCCCCUCCUGCUUCUCCUGCCCCAACUUCUACUCCUGCCACUACUAUCCCUGAUGUUGACCCAUUCGAUUCUCCUGCUCCUUCUGCUUGUGAUACUCUGGAUGGUUCUGAUGCUCCGGAUGCACCUCAUAUUCCUGAUGGUACCGAUACUCUGCAUGGUCCUGAUUCUCCAGAUGGUCCUGAUUCUCUGGAUGUUCCCAAUCCUCUGCAUGAUCCUGAUACUCCCACUGACCUUUCUGCUCCUGCUGAUCAUGCUCCCCUUUCUUCUCCUAUAUAUCUGCACCUGCUCUUCCUCCUCGUCUUGCUUGUCUUCUUCCACCUGCCCCUGCCAUUCCUCAUGCCCCUGUUGUUCCUGCUGCUCCUAGUGAUGCUUUGUCCUUACCGUCCUCAUGCUCCCCUUGCCUCAUCUGCACCGGACACUGCUGAUGGUCCGGACACUUAUGAUGGUCCAGAUACUCCUGAUGGUGCAGACACUCCUGAUGAUCCAAACACUACUGAUGGUCCGAAUAUCACUGAUGGUAAUGAUAGUCCCAAUGGUCCAGACAAUUCUGAUCGUCCAGCUAAUGCUGAUGGUCCAGACACUCCAGAUGGUCCGUACAUUCCUGAUGGCUUGGACACUUCUGAUGGUCCAGUAUUUCCCGAUGGUUCAAAAUAUCCUGAUGUUCCAGACACAGCUAAUGGUCCAUAUACUUCUGAUGCUCCAGAUAGUACCAAUGUUUCAGAAUAUCCUGAUGGUCUGGUCACUCAUCAUGGUCCAGUAACUUCCAAUGCUUCAGAUAACCCUGAUCUUCCGGUCACUCCUGAUGGUCUGGACGCUUGUGAUUGUCCAGAUACUAUUAAUGAUUCAGACAAUACUCAUGGUCUGGUCACUCCUGCUGGUCCAGACACUCCUGAUGAUCUACACACUCCUGGUGGACCGGAUAGUCCUGAUAGUUCAGAUGAUCCCGAUGGUCCUAACACCUGUGAUGUUCCAGUUACUCAUGAUGGUCCGGAUAACCAUGAUGAUCCGGACACUUUGGAUGGUCCAGAUAAUACCGUUGUAUUAGAUAAUCCUGUUGGUCCAGACACUCCUGAUGUUUCGGACACUUCUGAUGGUCUGGAUAAGCCUGAUGGUCCAGAUAAUCCCGAUGGUCCAGACACUCGCGAUGGUCCAGACACUCCUCACAGUAUGGACACUUGUGAUGAUCCUGAUACUUCUGCUGUUCCCGAUACUUCUGAGGCUCCCACUACUUCUGUUGGUUUUGAAAUUUCUAAUGGUUCCAGUACAUCUGAGAAUCCCCGUGUUUCUGAUGGUCCCGAUGCUCAGGAUGGUCCUGAUUCACCUGCACCUCCUGCUGCCCUUCUUGAUCCUGCUAUUACUGUGGAUGCUGAUGUUCCUGCCCCUCGUUCUGUUCCUGCCGAUGGUCCCGCAUCUCCUAAGGCUGCUGACUAUGAUGAUGAAGAACAUGCUCUAAAAGCUGUGAAAGACGUUCCAACUAAGGAGAAAAAUGAUAAAAAUGAAAGUGCUUGUCCUUUGGAGAAAGGAAACAAACAUGAAAUUACAAAAAGUCCAUUGAAAGAAUUGGUGAGAAUACCAACACCUAAGACAUCUACUGCAGAAAUGGACACACCGAAGGGAGUGAGCGGUCAUCUCGUGUCAGAUUCCACCAUCAGAAUGGAACGUAAUAAUCAAGCAUUUUCAUACAAAUGCCUAAUGAAUGGAGCCCCCUGCCCUCUGGCAGAAGAAAAGAAAAGUGAAAAUAGCAAAUUCACUACAAGCGAAUCCGUGUCUGCAUCAACCAGCGCGGGGUCUCCUUUUGAAAUGGGGACUGUGCCCGAACCGCAAGUUGACGGUAGUCACGUGUCCGGUGAUCUACACCGAACUGGGAGAAGGAGGGUGCUCAGCUCCAUCCCAUUGCUGAGCGGUGCAGGAAGAUGGACCCCAGGCACACUGACGAGCAGGAGCGGUGAUGAUGGAAGUUUGGCUGUAGUGGAUAUUGACACCUAA